AUUCGAGGCUUUCAAAUGAAGCUUUCAUGAGGCUUAAAUGUUUAUGUUGAUGAGAAUAUUAAAAUGCAGUAGCAGUUGGACUCUUAACAAAGAUCGCCUGGGCACUCUGCAAACAUACAAAACCUAUAUUGGGAACAGCUUAGACUUAAAUCCAUUAGGUGGAUCACCAAGUCAGGUUUCAUUCCCAAGCCUUCACUUAGGCAAAUACACUCUCUGUAAUCUGGCAUGCUUCCUCUCUUACAAAUGGAAGAUUGGGUACAAAGCUUAUACUGAAGUCUGCCAUAGGAUUUGUGAGGCUGAAGGUUUUGGAACGGAUGUUGGAAGAUGUUAGCUGUGGAUACUGGGGUUGUGGAGGAGUGGUUAUCAGAGUUCAAGACACUGCCAGAAGCAUCCAUAUCCAGCUAUGCUACAAACUUGAAAGACAAGAGUGCUUUGAUUUCAUCUCUUUACAAAGUAAUUCAGGAGCCACAGAAUGAACUUCUGGAACCAGUUUGUCAUCAGCUCUUCGAGUUCUAUCGCAGUGGUGAGAAACAAUUGCUACGAUUCACGCUGCAGUUUCUACCGGAAUUGAUGUGGUGCUAUCUUGCUGUCUCAGCCAGCAGAGAUUUGCAGAGCAGUGGAUGUAUAGAGGCUCUUCUCUUAGGAGUUUAUAACUUGGAGAUAGUUGACAAAGAGGGACAUAGCAAAGUGCUGAGUUUCACAAUUCCAUCUUUGUCCAAACCUUCAGUCUAUCAUGAACCUUCCAGCAUUGGCUCCAUGGCUCUCACUGAAGGAGCUUUAUCGCAGCAUGGUUUGUCCAGGGUUGUAUACAGUGGACCUCAUCCUCAGAGGGAGAUGUUAACAGCACAGAACAGGUUUGAAGUGCUGACUUUCCUUCUGCUUUGUUACAAUGCUGCCUUAAGCUACAUGCCUGCAGUUUCUCUUCAGUCGUUGUGUCAAAUUUGUUCAAGAAUUUGUGUCUGUGGAUAUCCUCGCCAACAAGUGAGAAAGUACAAGGGAGUCAACAGUAGGAUUCCAGUUUCAUCUGAAUUCAUGGUGCAAAUGCUAACAGGGAUUUAUUAUGCCUUUUAUAAUGGAGAAUGGGACCUGGCUCGUAAAGCUAUGGAUGACAUUUUGUAUAGAGCACAGCUGGAACUGUAUCCAGAACCUCUGCUGGUUGCUAAUGCAAUAAAAGCUUCACUGCCUCAGGGUGCCAUGAAAUCUAGUAAAGAAGGUACAAGAUGCAUUCAGGUUGAAAUUACACCUACUUCAUCCAGGAUAUCAAGAAAUGCUGUGACUAGCAUGUCUAUCCGAGGGCAUAGAUGGAAAAGGCAUGGUAAUACUGAUUUAGCAAUUCAAGAAGAACUGAUAGAAGUAUCUGAAACUGAUGAAGGUUUUUACUCUAGGGCUACCUCUAGUACAAGUCAGUCUGCCCUAUCUAGCAGCAGCAACACGAGCAGUAAGAACCUUUUAGGGAAGAGCCAACGAAGGUCUGGAGGAAACAAAGCUGGAGGAAAAGAAAAAGAAGGAGAAACCUGCAGAGAACACUUGUCACGAAAACAAACUCAGAGAGCCAUGAGUGAGAAUCUAGAGCUUGUCUCUCUGAAGAGACUAACACUGACAACUAGCCAGUCCCUGCCUAAGCCAGGUAGCCAUGGUCUGGCCAGAACGACCACUACUGUGUUUAGUAAAUCCUUUGAACAGGUCAGUGGUGUCACAGUUCCAAAUAAUCGUGGAGGUAUAUCUGGUACAGAGGCAAACAGGUUUUCAGCUUGCAGUCUUCAGGAAGAAAAACUGAUAUAUGGAACAGAAAGAACAGAUCUUCCAAUUUUAAGCAAACAACCUAAUCAGCAGCGACCUCCUAGUAUUAGCAUAACUUUGUCAACAGAUUGAUAUUAAAUUGGCAAGUAUGAAAAAUAGAAUAUUGAGGGUUUAUGCUGAUAUUGGUACAUUGGUACAUUAAGCUCCUUGAUAUGUUAUACAUUACUUUCGUAAACCUCAAGCCCAUAAAUUCUUAUUUGGCUCACGUUUGACAGUAACAGUAAAUAGACAACAGUUGUAAUUAUUUUGCAUCAACUUCUAAUAGCUUGGGAAGUUCCUCUUUGACUUGCUGUAUUUAUACACCUGAUUGCUUACAGCUUCAUGUGAAGUUUACAGCUUCACCAAUUUAACAAGCAUUGAUAGGUUGUUUAGCCACUGACCAAGAUGUGUGGCUUUUUACAAAUGCACAGUACGGGAACAAGUAGAGCCUCUUUCCCAGACUCUACUUUUUGACUACCACUUGGCAUAGGCAAAACUGCAAGUACUUGUUUUACUUUAUAAGAGGAGUCUUGCAGUAUGGACAUGAAAUCUUGGAACGGCUUUGUAAGAGCAAACAUUCUUUUAUGUUAGUCAUGAGAAAGCUGUGCUUACAUGUAAGGUUAAAACUAGAAGUAUCAGUUCAGUGUUCGCUGUAUGGCGGUUUUGUAAUGUUAGUACACAUUGGAAUGUUCAUACUUCUUUAUGCCUAUAUGAGUCUGAAUUACAGAUGCAUUUUGUUUUUUCUAUAUGUCUUUUGAAACUGGGCCAAAAGUCAUACAGCAGCAGUACUUGUGGAUGGGAGUUCUUGUCAGUUGCUGUAGUAGUCACUCUUUAGACUUACAAAUUGUGUGACACUGUCUGUCUUUCAGAUUCUUAAAUAUCAGGCACAAAACUACUCAUUGAAAAGUCACUGUCAUCAGUAUUUUUAUUAUUUACGGGGAAGAGAUGUGCUUCUGUAACAAUGUUAUGUAGGAAAUAAGGUAUGAGCCCUUUGCACUGACUCAAGCAAAUCAGGAGUGUGAAUGUGUUUAACAUGAACUUCUUAUCUUGAGAAUACUACCAAAGGAUGCAUACUUUCAGUAACUUGCAAGCACAAAGGGAAAUUGUAAUGUAAAUAUAACUAGCACUGUAAUUCCUAGUCUUCUAUAUCUAUUAUUUUUCUAGUGUGAAAUUCUAAAACAGCAGCCUGUUCAAGGUUACCUAACCUUCAACCUUCAGUUAGUUUGGUGACCUUGUUUGAUACCAACUUUUAUAACAUUAAGAUUUUAAUUAAAAAUGGACAUUAAAACUUCUUUUGCAGAAAUUUGAAGAAGCAAUAGCUGACAAAACCAAUCCAGUAGCAGUGAUUAGCUGAUAAACAGGCAAUAUAUUAUUAUGAGCAGAGAAAUAGGAUGAAGAUCUAAGGCACGGUCAUUCCCAACUGUCCAGGUCUCUGUACCUAGUGAUCCCUUAUUGUCAAGAACCUUGUAACAAAACAAACACUAAAAUUCUGGUAGGCUUUCCUGUUUGCCUGGAGAUAAGUUUAGCUAUCCGUUUUUGACUUAAACUGAAGCACAAGUAACUUUUAAGCAGCUAAUGUUAUUCAGGUGUAUAGCAAUUAAUAAGCUGGUUAAUUAAUGAAAAGAGAUGGGGAGACAUAGUUGAUAGGGUCAAGUAAGUUGUAUAAUUCUACUUCUAAGACUGCAGACUAGAUGUGUAUGUUUCUUAAUAUUCACCAAAGUCUGUGGAAUAGCUGCAUCUGUCUAUAGAUAUUUGUCUUCACCCGAGAGCCUGAGUUUAAACGAAUGUGCCACACUUUCUCAUUCUUCAGUUUGUUGUGUGACACUGUUCUAUUCCAGUAAUGAGUAUUUCACCUUUUUACAGUGAAGUGUUUUCUUAAUUGUACAGGAAAACUCACAUUCCUAAUGUAUAAACUACAAGUUUGUCCUGUUUAGUGUUUAAUACUUUGGCCAGUGAAAUAAACUGGUUCUUUGAAGUUGUAUGUUUUUGUAAAUACUUUGUACAGCAGAAAAUUUUGCCUUUUUUUACAGGUUUUUCUGCAGUACACAUUAGACAGCACAGUUGUUUCAGAUUGACUAAUACAUAUGGCUGCUGGAGCAUUCAUAACCACAAGCAGUAGAAGGGUUUUAGGCAGCUGAUAGCAGACACUGGCUAGCACUACAGAUACUUGAAUGUGUUUUCCUUUCCUUGAAGUUUGUUCUAGAUGUUAUGAAGAAAUAGCCUGCAGAACUUAGAGCUGCCUCCUGAUCUGCUCAUGCAAUGUAGCAUUUAAGAAUACUUUGGAAACACUUUACAGUAAUUUAAAUUGAAACAUAAACUAGAAUAGAUAAAUUAAAUUGCAAGUGACAAAUGUUUGUUGUGAUGGUAUUACUUGUGAGUUAGUGUUAAGGGACUAGAAUUUUUAAGUAAUUCUACUGGUUUUGGUUUGUUUCAUUUAGUUCAUGAUUGUUUGUUAUUUCCACGGUAGACACUCUUUGAAGCUGGAUGUUGGUAUAGAAGAUGUUUAUUAUACUGGGAAGAUUUAGUCACUUUAGCUAUAAAUAAUUAGAAUUUCAAAGGAUCUAAAAUUCCAUAAAAUAUACAUAUGUAAUGUAGCUACCAGUAUUGUAAACAUUGUAAGUCAGUGUUAAAGUUAAGUUAGUUUAUCCUUUUAUUUUAUCCAGCUAAUUAUUCUAACUGUGCUCUGGCUUGAAGCCAAGACAUAGGCUUAUAUUCGUACAGCUGAAAUUACAUAAAGCUUUAUACCUUUUUGAGAAAAUGAUAGAAGGAAAGGGUUUUGGUACUAAAGGCUGCUGUUUCUAUACAUAUGUGGCUUUAUAUAAAUGCAUAUGUAUUUGUCUCUGGAGCAACUUACACAAUGAGCAUGGUUUUUGUGAACUGACAUCACACCUUGACACUGAUUGAGUCUAAAGAAUUUCUUUCCUCAUGUGAGUAAUAAAACUUUCAGUUGUUCUUCCUUUUCUUAAAAAUGGGGGGAAAGAAAAAAAGGCAGGAUAGGGGAGAGGGAGGGCAGAAUUAUUUGUUGUCCAAAUAUCCACGGUGCAGGAAUGGGGGGCAGAGGGGGGGGGAAGUAGGGCAGGAAGCAGAUAUAUUAAUUCUUCCACAGUAUUUCUAAAAUUGUCAAGAUCUUGGGUUUUGAGCAUUAUCUGAUCACUUUAGGCUGAUGAAUGAAAAAUGUAUUUUGAAGAAAUAGAUGUCUUCUAUUAGUGUAAGGAAAACCUAUUAAGCCAUCCCAUACUGCAGUCUACCCAGGAGUGGGUAGUUCUGAUGAAUACACUCCAAACAUCAUACAUGGCUGCACCAUUCUGCAGGAAAAAUGUUAUGUAGGAGUGAAGCAUCUCAAAUUAUAACAAGAGAAGUUGUUUUAAUGCUGACGUUUGUAACUGACCUUACUGUUGUACAUCAAAGGGCACUGUUUCCAGUGAUGGCUUUGAGCAGCAACACUUUCAAAACUGUUGAAGCUGAGAAUAAUUAUUUUUGUUGUAAGAAUCUGUAACAUUUGUGCAAAAAGCAUAUGGCCUCUAACCACUUGCUGUAGAGCUGCAAUGACUUUUCUGAAGGGAGUGAAAUGUCCUUGAAUUGCCUUGAAUACCUGACAGAUUUGACAGGUAGAGAAAUAUAUAGCUAUUUUAGCUACACUUCUCUCUAAGGAGGUCUCUGAUUUCUGUGAGGAUUCUAGAAAUUUCUAACUUAAUUAUUAUGUCUGAUAUCUUUUGUCAAUGUUUGAGGCUUACAGUGCUGUAUAUAGGUGUGUAAUAUAUUACCUUUUGUAUUUGUAUAAUUCUACUUCUAAGACUAGAUGUGUACGUUUCUUAAUAUUCACCAGUCUGUGGAAUAGCUGCAUCUGUCUAUAGAUGUUUGUUUUCACCUGAGAGCCUGAGUUUAAAUGAAUGUGCCACGCUUUCUCAUUCUUCAGUUUGUUGCGUGACACUGUUCUAUUCCAGUGAUGCAGUAUUUUGCCUUUUUACAGUGAAGUGUUUUCUUAACUGUACGUGAAAACUUACAUUCCUAAUGUAUAAACUACAAGUUUGUCUUGUUUAGCGUUUAAUAUUUUGGCCAGUAAAAUAAACUGGUUUGUUUUUUUGAA